AUGCGCCUCUCGGUCUCUAGUCGCGUGGACGCGCAUCAGUUUCCUCGAUCCAGGCUGGCCUCCUUGUAUUUCCUUUGUCUCUAUGCCUCUGUCGGUAGCUAUCGAGUUCUCCUUCUCUGCCUGUCUUCCACGAUUCCCUUUCUAUGUGUGUCUCGUUGUAGCCUCUUUCUCUCUGUGUCGCAUCCUUUCGCGCCCGCGGCUCCCUUCUCGCAUCGCUUUUUCUUCUCUGUGUUCCUCUACCGCUCUCCUUUGCUGGGUGUUCGUACUGUAACGCUGUCCCUGCAUUACCGACGGCGCUUCUCGUCCUCAGAAUCUGUUUCUGAGUGGGUGCCUCUCUCUCGUUCACGCUCUUGGUGCUUCGAGAGAGUGUGUGGUGAAAAAGUCUUCAGAAUUUCCUUCUGUUUGCUCAUGGAAAUAAAACGAGUCAUAAAACGCAGUUCCAAAAUGUCCAAACAUCACAUUUCAAGCCUGUUCCACUCGCAAGAGAACGGCUUUUCUCGCGAUGUCUCCACUGCUCUUCACCUCUUCAUUGGUCACUUCUUCCCCUCUCUUCUUCUGACUUUCAGUUUCCUCCUCGCAGCGGUCUUUACAGACAUAUCCUUUCCUUCUGCGCACAGUGGCGGCCACUGA